UUGAAUUCAUGAUUCAGCUCAGUUGGCCAGACUCACGAAUUAAAUACAUGAACCUCAGAGACGAUACCCUCGACAAUCAGCUGGCUGAGGCCGAAGUGAACAAAAUAUGGCGGCCGACUACCAAUUUCCCCAACAUCAAGGAUGGAGAAUUGAAGCUCCUCGGGGAAAAUGUGUAUGUCUUGAAGGUGAAGAAAUCACUAUUAGCUGACUUCAAUGCUGUCAAUAUGGACGAGAUCUACGGGGGGGACGCAGCACUGAUCGUGCAACAGCAACACUACAGUGGUAGUUUCGUGUGCACCUUUGACGUCUUCUACUACCCCUUUGAUGACCAGCAAUGCAGUAUUCUUGUUCAGUUCUCCUCUGUUAGCAAAGAGCUCGUCGCCUUCACCACCAAUGGGUCAUCGACGGCGUACAGCCAGAGCUCUCAGCUCCCGAUCUACACCGUCAGCGAUUUCUUCGCCAGUGUGCCCUCUAACGACACACGACUCAGUAUGGUCCAGGUCGGUUUCAAGCUAACGAGAAGAUACACCUUAAUUGUGCUGUCAAUAUAUCUUCCGUCUCUCAUGCUGCUAGCAAUUGGAUAUACCACAUUGUAUGUUGAACUCCAAUUGCUUGAAGUGCGUCUCCAAGUAGCUCUGACUACGUUACUGGUGCUGUAUACUUUCUUCAGCCAGACCUCCUCAUCGCUGCCCCAGACGGCCUACGUGAAGCAAAUCGACAUGUGGUUUUUCUUCUGUACGAUCUUCCUCUUCAUCAUCAUCGUCAUCCACGUCUUCGUCGACAAGUUAGACAACAACAAAGUUGUUGCCAUCAGUACUGAGAGCAGCAGCAGGUCCUUCCUUAAAGCUCCUCUGGGGAUACCGGCGAAGGUCAAGAACUUGGUUUCUUCGGGCGACAGGUUCCUGGUCACCGUCAGAAGCAUCGUGGGACCGAUUGUCCUCUUGAUCUCUGCUUCUCCUACCUCUGGGUGA